AUGGCGGGGAACUGGACAGCACCAGCUCCCCAUGGGAGCAGCGCUGGGACAAGCCAACUAGCCAAGCACCCAGGCCCGCCCUACGCAUCAACCAACGCCAUCGUAGGCGGGGAGCCGACCCCGUCGAUCGACGACCCCAUCGCCGCCGUGCUUCUCGUGCUCUUCCUCAUCUCCGCCGCGGCGCACCUGGCCAUCCUGCGCGUCAACAAGCGGCGCGGGCUCAAGUUCGUCUUCUCGGGCAUGCUGUUCGCGCUGUGCCUGCUGCGCGGGGUCUCGCUGGCGGCGCGCAUGGUCUGGGCCUCGUACCCGCGCGCCGUCAACUGCGUCAUCGCCGCCAGCGUCAUGACCCAGUGCGGCUCCGUCCUCAUCUUCGUCGUCAACCUGUUCUUCGCCCAGCGCGUCCUGCGCGCCUACCACCCGCGCCUGGGCUGGAGCCGCGCCGCCACCCUCGUCGUCUGGUUCCUCAUCGCCUGCGUGAUGUGCUGCCUCGUCAUGGCCAUCGCGACCACCAUCCACACCUUCUUCACCCUCGACCGGGCCGCGCGCCGCGCCGACCGCGCCGUCCAGCUCUUCGCCGGCUGCUACCUCGCCUUCCUCGCCUUCCUUCCCGUGCCCGUCGUCGCUAUCGCCGCCGCCUGCCGUCCGCGCAGCACAAACAACAACAACAACCGCUUCCGCGUCGAGAAGUUCGGGUGCGGCCGCUGGCGCGCCAAGGUCGGGCUGCUCGUCUUCGCGGCGCUGGUCGCCACGCUGGGCGCCGCGUUCAGGGUCGGCGUGAAUUUCGACGGCAGGCCCGGCACGGCGCCGGCGUGGUUCCACAGCCGCGCCUGCUACUACGGGUUUAACUUCGUGACGGACCUGGUGGUGUCCACGGCGUACCUGCUCGCGCGUUUCGACAGGCGGUUCAUCGUGCCGGACGGGGCGCGCGGGCCGGGGGAGUACUCGCCCAUCAUCCCGUCGACGCACUCGAACAGCAGCCACCUCGAAGGCAAGCUGCCGCUGAUGGGGACCAGCAAGCCCGCAAUCAUGCUCCGCCAGCCCUCCUCGCCUUCGUCCCCGCCCAGCCCCCCAUCAUCGCCGCCCCACACGAUAACAACGACGGCAAAACAGCCCUCGUCGUCGUCAUCAUCGCAGCAGCACCUAAUUGAGUCGUUCACAGACACCUCCAACACCGCAGUCGAGAACACGCCGACCUUGAACCGGAGCCUAAACCGCAAGGACAAGGACAAGGACAAAUCGGCGCGGCCGAACCUACACCUGACGCUGCGGUACCACACGCACAACCACUCGUACGCGCACCUGCACAACUACACCCAUACCCACAGCAGCAAACCGCGUCCCAAGAGCGCCCUCAAAGUCAAAAAUAACAGCAGCAGCGGUAACAACAACAACACGAACACCGUCCCGCGCCCCGGCCUAAAAGCGCGCACCCGCCGCGCCGCGAUCCUGCGCAUGCGCAUCAACAGCGAGGCGGACGCGUACGGGCCGGACAACCACAACCACAACAACGACGAUCUUCUCAACCCCUCGUCGCCGCCGCCCUCGCACUCGCCGUGCGGGUCGCGCGAGGCUCUCGUACCUCGCAUCGCCUCCCGCCAAGACUCCGACGGCUUACGGGCGCCGGCGCCGGUUCACUUAGUCGGGCCACCGAUCCUGCCGGAUCUGGACCUGGAUCUGGAGCUGUUGAGCGCGACGCUGCCGUGGGCGCUGGAUAGCUGGGGGUGCGAGGUGCGGAGGAGUUCGCGGGGUGGGAGCGGGAGCGGGAGUGGGAGUGGUGCGGUGCCUAUGCAGGGUACCGAGGGGAACGGGAGGAGUAAUAGUAAUAGUAGCAGUAAUAGUAGUAGUAGUGAUAGGAGUGCGAGUAAUAAUAGCGUGGAUGAAAGCGGAAGGGGGCAAAGGCAAGGAAGAGAAGGAGUUGAAGCUGGAGAAGUUAAUAGCGGGAGUGGGAGAAGUAGCGGAGCCGGUAGCCAGCGAUCGAUGCGGUCGUGGCGGUCGAGGACUAUCGAGGAAGAGGGAAAAAGGGGGGGUCAAGGUCCGGAGUAA